GAGCGCAUUCGUUACGUCAUUUCUAACAUGGCGGCGUCCUGUGGCCGCAACCUGUGCAGAGGAUGGCGAGGAAAACCGGGCUUAAUUCUAAAAAGUCCGGCUCUGGUUUGGUUUCCGAAAGCUACCUUUCACACUUCCCCAGUCGGUAGAAACGGAUUUCUGUCAUCUUUGCACAAACGAGGCCUUUUGAAGGAUUCUUUCCCUGAAAACGCAGCUCAGGUGAAUCUGCCUCAGCUGCUCCAUUCGGGCCAGCAGACCGUGUACUGUGGAUUUGACCCGACUGCGGACAGCCUGCACGCCGGACACCUGCUGCCUCUCGUCGGCCUGCUGCACUUCCGCAACGCUGGGCACCACGUGAUCGCACUGAUCGGCGGAGCCACAGCGCGGAUCGGUGACCCGAGCGGCAAAUCCAAGGAGAGAGAGUGCCUGUCGGCUGCCGUGAUAGACAACAAUGUGAGAUCCGUGCUGGAAAGCUUGCAUCAGAUCUUCACCAACCACGAGUUAUAUUUCUGUAGCGAUCCGCAGAGACUGGGCACCAUGCGCGUGCUGAACAACGCCAGCUGGUACCGGGACUGGAACGUGGUGGAGUUUCUGGCCGAGACCGGACGGUAUUUCCGCAUGGGCACUCUGCUCAGCAGACACAGUGUCCAGUCCCGCUUAAAGAGUGCAGAGGGCAUGAGUCUAAGCGAGUUCUCUUACCAACUCUUCCAGGCCUUUGACUUCUAUUACCUACACCAGGUGCACGGCUGCAGAAUACAGCUGGGGGGAACAGAUCAACUGGGGAACCUGAUGUCCGGCCAUGAGUUCAUUCACAAAAAGACAGGAGAAGAUGUAUAUGGACUGACAGUACCAUUGCUGACCACCUCAAUGGGAGAUAAGCUGGGGAAGACUGCAGGAAAUGCUGUAUGGCUGAACCGGAAUAAAACAUCUCCAUUUGAGUUCUACCAGUAUUUCCUCAGAUUGCCAGACAACAAUAUAGAACAGUACCUGAAGCUGUUCACUUUCCUGCCAUUGGCUGAGGUGGAGAAGGUGAUGGAGCAGCAGCUGCAAGAUCCAGGCAAGAGAACAGCACACAAACGGCUUGCUGCUGAGGUAACCAAGCUGGUGCAUGGCAAGGAGGGGCUGGAAAGUGCCAAACGAUGCACCAACGCUCUGUACCACAGCAGCAUCGAGGCUCUGGAGCAGAUGGAUGAUGCUGAACUGAAGGAUUUGUUCAGAGAGGCUACAUUUCAGGAGUUCUUUCUGGAACCAGGUACCACAGUAUUGGAUGCCUGCCGUCGGAGCCAGGCCAUUCCUGAUGGACCCAGAGGGUAUCAGAUGAUAACUGAUGGUGGUGUGUGGAUCAACCAUCAGAGGGCUGCAAACCCUGAGCAGGUACUGGUCCCAGGUCAGCACAUUCUCUCCAACGGUCUCAGUCUGAUCCGAGUGGGCAAAAAGAACUUCUACAUCAUCAAGUGGCUAAGCAUGUAAUUCACAUCAGAAAUAUGGACAAAUUAGGAGUCUGCUGAACUGAAGUACCGGACAUGUACUCCUAGUACAAGCCAUCCACAAAGUGAUGAUACUGCUGAUCAGUGGAUUUUGUAAGGCUUCUGGCAGGAGGAGGAAACCAGAUACAAAGAGGCAUGUUGCAGAAAUAUAGAAGAACAGGGACUACAUCCUAUUAAACACCGCAUCAUGUGUGUAUGCACACAUACAAGGAUUUGUUUCUGAGUUUUGUGUUAGACUUUUUAUACCACGCUGGUAAAGCACCAGGAGCAAAGUGCAGUUCUACAUUCUGCCACAAGAUGUCAGUCAAACGUUUUUUUUUCUUGAUGCCUGCAUAUUUUUACAUUUCUUUUCUCCAAGUUUGAUAAAUUAGUGCAACCCCUGUACUGCACUUUUAGUGUUUAUCUUCCUCUAACUCACCUAGUUCAGGCUAAGUAGUUAAAGGCAGAGGAAAUAAAACAACAAAGUUUUCAUGGUCUUCCAGGCUUAGGAUUUUCAAGUCCUAAUGUGUAGUACAAUCCUGUGAGCUGUGCUGGUGCAAAUUGAGCUGAUUUACAUGAUUUUUUUUAUUUUGAAUUCGGAUCGCAAGCUAUUGUUACCUGUCAUAUACCAUAAAUGCAAGAUGUCUCAGACCUUCCCAUUUCUACAAUAAAUGUUACACUGGAAUGAGGAAAAAUGCUUUAUCUUUGGAAUGUGCCUAUGUUACCAGGAACUUUAUUUCAUAUACCUAGGGUGAAUGGAUAUGGGUUCAUGCCAGUCAUUUAUUUUGAAGACACUGUUAUUGGGAGAGCAAUUUGCCAUUUAUAUGACACUGUGAACAUUUUAGGGGAAUAGUUAAGCAGGUACUGUGUGCCUCAUGAGAUCAUGCACCUGAAGACCAGUCAUAAUGGAUACCAUCUAUAGUAAAACCUGAGUAUAAGGAAGGAAGUGUUGUGUGGUUUUAUCGCUGUGUUACCUGUGUUUGCAUGAUUUAAUCAGUGGUUUGUGCAUAGAAGUGCUGACUCUUCACUUCUGGAGAACAUGCACGAUCACCAACAUCUUCAUGCUUCACUUUGACAGUAAUAGGUUACUCAGCUCAGGAAAAAAAAAAGCCAUGAAGAGGAGUGUGUGUGUGUGUGUGUGUGUGUGUAUUUGGGGGACACUUUUAAGUAGUAAUGUACCGCAGAAACUGGAAGUGGGAAGUGUUAAUCUAUUGGAAAUAACCCCAAACUACGCAAAACUGUUCAAGAUCAUUAUUUUUUCUUUGUAAUUAUUUUAUUGGUUGUUAUGUAAUUCGGUCAAAUGGAGCAGAAGCUGUUUAAUUAUUAAAACAGUGAAGUGUGUAAAGAAGUAUUUUAAAGAAGUCGUUCUGUCUCCAAACUGUGUGUGUGUGUGUAUGUGGGUGUAUG